AUGAACCUUUCAGACUUGCCCAUUGAAGUCUUUGCUAGAGUUCUCCCUCUUGAAGAUCACCUUUUAGAUCUCCCCGGAAAGACCAUUAUUGCAUGGUUGAAUAUAUUGCCAUCAAUGAAACUGUAUCAACUAUUAGGAGGAAGCGGGUACGGUUUUGCCCUCACCAAAGGAUAUUGGCCACUGCCUUUUACAGCUUCGGACAGAACUUUGGACAAGUAUGGUCAAGAUUUUAGAUCAGCGAACGUGUGCGUUCAAGAAUUGAAUCCCAAAUUUGAAAAUAGAGUUUACAUCAAAGCUGGGCCCUAUGCUGAACCCAAGUACCACAAGAAAUACAUAAUUUUUGAUAUUGAAACAGUUGGAAUUUAA